AGCUUAUUUUAGCAUUGCCUUGCUCAUAAUAAGAGGUUUAGACGAUUAGCGAGGAGGCACCUUCGCAACCGGAGAAGAAAAUUAAAUCGGAGAUCGGAGACUAGACGUUGAGAUGGCCGGCAGAGAACGUUAUCUGCCAUCAUCGGCAGUAUCGUCUUCCUCUUUGAGAAUAGCGGAAUCUCAACUCGUCGAAUCGGAGAGGAACCGUACUCGAUCUGUCAUCCUCGAGGAUCGAAUCGCAAUCCAGCACCGUGAAAUCGAAUCCCUCCUGAUGGACAACCAGAAGCUAGCUGUGGCACACAUCGGGGUCAAGGAUCAGCUCAAUUUAGCCAAACGUGAGCUUGCACAGCUGCUUGAAACCGCCGCGAAAGUUAAGGCGGAGAGAGAAGCCAAGGUCCGGGAGCUUUACCAGAACUCGCUGAGGAUGGAGGCGGAGGCUCGUGUGGUGAAUGGGAUCGGUGCUGAGCUUGAUCAGGUUAGGUCUGAUGUACAGAGGCUAGCUGAAGAUAGGCAGAAGCUAACGACGGAGCUGGCGAUGCUUGACGGCGAGAUAGCUAAGGCCAAGCCGAAUUCGGUUCGAGCCACGGAGAUUAAGGCGGAGAUUGAGACUCUGCGAGAAGAAGUUAGCAAAGGAAGGGCUGCUCUUGAGCUUGAGAAGAAGACACGAGCGAGCAAUCUUCACCAUGAACGUGGUAUGGAAAAGACCAUCGAUCAUUUGAAUCGUGAAAUUGUGAAACUUAGGGAAGAAUUGGUUAACGUGGAGAACAAAUCUAGGGCAGCAAUUGCAGCUGCUGAGGCAGCUCAAAACACGAGCCCUGGAUUGGUUGCAAGCUAUGGAAACUCAGAUGAUGUUAAUGGAAGCCGAGGCCACGAAUACCCUGAAGCUAAUGGUUCUCACCAGGUUUAUGGAGCUUUGGACUGUCUUCCUCAACAGUCGCCUACUCCAUUGCUGCAUCCGCCGAACAAUAGUCAACAUUCUAGUGUACCGUGAUAGAGCCAGCUGGAGGGUUUUGAAUUGUACAAUGAGAAAGCAGGUCUUAGGUUUUUCUUUCUAUUAACCAUCUGAUGUUUCUUUGUUUGUUACAAAGUUCUGUAGAACCAAUAUGGCAAUAUUAUAACAUUCUUUGCAAAAGUUAUAUAAAUCAUGAGAU